AAAAAAGCGCGGCGAGCUCCUAGCGUCUGGAGCCCCCCGGUGGUGGACCCUCGGCCGGCUCCCCGGCUGGACCUCGGUCACCAUGGACUCCACCGCCUGCCUCAAGUCCCUGCUCCUGACCAUCAGUCAGUACAAAGCCGUUAAGUCCGAGGCCAACGCCACCCAGCUCCUGCGGCACCUGGAGGUAAUUUCUGGACAGAAGCUCACACGACUGUUUACAUCAAAUCAGAUAUUACCAAGUGAAUGCUUAAGUUGCCUGGUAGAACUUCUUGAAGACCCAAACAUAAGUGCUUCGUUGAUAUUAAGUAUUAUCAGUCUACUAUCUCAACUAGCUGUGGACAAUGAAACCAGAGACUGCCUUCAGAGUACGUACAACCUGAACAGUGUCCUGGCAGGAGUGAUCUGUCGCAGCAGCACCUGCCACAAUGACUCAGUGUUUUUACAGUGUAUUCAACUUUUGCAGAGGUUAACUUAUAAUGUCAAAAUGUUCCAAUCUGGUGCCAACAUAGAUGAAUUAAUUAUGUACCUGAUAGAUCAUAUUCAGUCUUCUGAAGAUGAAUUAACAAUGCCUUGUCUGGGAUUAUUGGCAAAUCUUUGUCGGCACAAUCUUUCUGUUCAAACACACAUAAAGACUUUGAGCAAUGUGAAAUCGCUUUAUCGAACCCUUAUAGCCUUCUUGGCGCAUAGUAGUCUAACUGUGGUUGUAUUUGCACUUUCGAUAUUGUCCAGUUUGACUUUAAAUGAAGAAGUGGGGGAAAAGCUAUUCCAUGCUCGAAACAUUCAUCAGACUUUUCAACUAAUAUUUAAUAUUCUCAUAAAUGGUGAUGGGACACUGACUAGAAAGUAUUCGGUUGACCUACUGAUGGAUCUCCUUAAGAAUCCUAAAAUUGCUGAUUAUCUUACCAGGUAUGAGCACUUUUCUUCAUGUCUUAGUCAAGUACUUAGUCUUCUCAAUGGGAAGGAUCCUGAUUCUUCUUCAAAGGUUUUAGAAUUACUUCUUGCCUUCUGUUCAGUGACUCAGCUUCGCCAUGUGCUCACUCAGAUGAUGUUUGAACAGUCACCAUCUGGCAGCUCCGUUCUGGGAAGCCGGUCUAAAUGUUUAGAACCUAAUGUGGCUUUACUUCGUUGGAUAAGCCAACCUUUGGAUGGAUCAGAAACCUGUUCUGUUUUAGCUUUGGAGUUGUUCAAGGAGAUAUUUGAGGAUGUGAUAGACUCUGCUAACUGUUCCUUGGCUGACCAUUUUGUGACCCUUCUGCUGCCAUCAAUUCUUGAUCAGCUUCAAUUCACAGAACAAAAUAUGGAUGAGGCCUUAAUGCGAAAAAAGUGUGAAAGGAUGGUCAAGGCCAUUGAAGUUUUAUUAACUCUGUGUGGAGAUGAUACCCUGAAAAUGCAUAUUGCAAAAGUUCUGACUACUAUCAAGUGUACUACUCUAAUAGAACAACAAUUUACAUAUGGCAAAAUUGAUUUGGGAUUUGGAACAAAAGUAGCCGAUUCUGAAUUAUGCAAACUUGCUGCUGAUGUAAUUUUGAAAACUCUUGAUUUGAUGAACAAACUAAAACAAUUAGUUCCUGGUAUGGAAGUAAGCUUCUACAAAAUCCUUCAGGAUUCACGUUUGAUUACUCCUUUGGCUUUUGCUUUAACAUCAGAUAAUAGAGAACAAGUGCAGUCUGGCUUGAGAAUACUGUUGGAAGCUGCUCCACUCCCAGACUUUCCUGCUUUAGUACUUGGAGAAAGUAUAGCAGCAAAUAAUGCCUACAGACAGCAAGAAACAGAGCAUAUACCUAGAAGGAUGCCUUUGCAGUCAUUAAAUCGCAAUGUUUCUGCUUCGAAAAAGUGUGUAACCCCUCCCAUUCCGAAAGACUGUGUUCCUGGGUUGAAUAUCGAAGAAUUAAUAGAGAAACUUCAGUCUGGAAUGGUGGUAAAAGAUCAAAUUAAUGAUGUGAGAAUAUCUGACAUAAUGGAUAUAUAUGAAAUGAAAUUGUCCACAUUAGCUUCCAAAGAGAGCAGGCUCCAAGAUCUCUUGGAAGCAAAGGCUCUAGCCCUUGCACAGGCCGAUAGACUGAUUGCCCAGUACCGUUGUCAGCGAACUCAAGCCGAGACAGAGGCACGUACACUUGCUGGUAUGUUGAGAGAAGUUGAAAAGAAAAAUGAAGAGCUUAAUAUGUUGCUGAAAUCACAGCAGGUUGAAUCAGAGAGAGCCCAGAGUGAUAUUGAACAUCUCUUUCAACACAACAGGAAGCUGGAAUCUGUGGCUGAAGAGCACGAAAUAUUGACAAAAUCAUACAUGGAAUUGCUUCAGAGAAAUGAAACUGCUGAGAAGAAGAAUAAAGAUUUACAGAUCACUUGUGAUUCUCUGAAUAAGCAAAUUGAUACAGUGAAAAAAUUGAAUGAGUCACUCAAGCAACAAAAUGAAAAGACUAUCACCCAAUUAAUUGAAAAAGAAGAGCAAAGAAAAGAAGUACAGAACCAGUUAGCAGACAGAGAGUGUAAACUAACAAGUUUACAUCAAAAAACAAAAGCACAAGAAGAAAAGAUUAAAAUCUUACAAAAAGAAAAGGAAGAUAAGGAAGAAGCCAUUGAUAUCCUUAGAAAAGAAUUAAACAGAACAGAACAAAUAAGAAAAGAAUUGAGCAUUAAGGCGUCAUCCCUUGAGGUUCAGAAGGCCCAAUUAGAAGGUCGCUUGGAAGAGAGAGAAUCUUUGGUGAAGCUUCAGCAAGAGGAGUUGAACAAACACUCUCACAUGAUAGCAAUGAUCCACAGUUUAAGUGGUGGCAAAAUAAAUCCAGAAACUGUCAAUCUCAGUAUUUAAAUUUAGAUGUGUAAUCUCUUGAGUUUUUCUUCAUUUAUCUGUUGGAAAAGAGUAGGUAAGAAACAUAACUUGUGACCCCAAAGCAAUAGGAAGUGAUUAUCUGAUUAUUAAUUUAGUAAAGAAUCUGAUCUGA